AUGGCGCUACCGAAUCUUCAGCCGUACUGGAUGAAGAACUACAAAAGUAUUUCUGAGGGUCUUAUGGUCAGAAGAACACAAAAUGAAGCGGACAGAAGGCGUGCAUGGGAUAGCAACGCGAGGUACUUUCAAAGAAACGAAGUCACAGCCACAAAACAGAGAGCUUGGAGUUCAGAAGGUUCCUUUCAAGAGAGCAUGAAUGCCGUUGAUGAUUUAUACAAAAAACAACUCUCAAAAGACAAUUUAACGGAAAGAAGACAAAGAUUAACAGAAAUGCUUUUAAAAGAGAAACAAGAACAAGAGAGAGAGCUCAGAGACUUGCGAUUGAGUGGAACAGGAAAAGUGUUACAGAUGAAGGAAAGGGCUGAUGAACUCAAAAGUGGAAAAGAAGAAAGGAGAAAAGAGGUUGCACAACAAAAACUUUAUGAACACUGGAAGCAAAAUGCACCAGAAUUAAGACAGAUUGAGUCUGAGCAGCUAAAGCAACAUGUUGUACAACGAUGGGGUGAUCAAGUGGCUGACAAAGAACAGCAUGUGAAAACAGCAAGGGAUGAAGAGAGAAGAGUUAACGCCAUGAUGGAGCGAGAAMGAUURUUAGCUUUAGAAAAAGAGAAGCAAAAACAAGAAGAGAAAAUAAGGGAAGGAAAAGCAAUCGCAGAUCAACUCAAAUCUCAAAUGGAAGAAUUAAAGCUCAGAGAGGAAGAGGCACAAAUGCUGAAAAGAGAACAGGAAAUCUUAAUUGAUGAACAGAGGAGAAUUGAAGAUGCAGAGGAAGAAAGAAGAAGAUUUGAAGAGGAAAGACGAAAGAGAGACUUUGGCCGUGUACUGAUUAGACAACAUAAAGCACAGAUGAAAAGAAAAAGUCAAGAAAUCCAGAAAGCACUGGAAUUGGAUCUCAAAAUAUUGGAAGAUUUAGCAAAAGAGGAGGAAAAAGAAAAAGUGRUGAUGACGUCAAGACGUGAGAAAGCUAAAGCGGAUGCUGAUUAUAUGAGACAGGUUGUUGCCGAGCAGCUGAAGCUAGAGCAAGAAMGAGAAGCUGAAUUAGACAUGCUUUAUAGAGAUGAAGCAGCUCGGAUGUGGGCGAAACGACAAGCUGAGUGGGAAAGAGAAAGAKUAGCUCGAGAACGCUUAAUGGCUGAGGUUUUAGAAGAACGAAAACAGCAGAUCGACGACAAAAUAGAACGAAUAAAACGUAAGCAAGAAGAAUCAAUCGAAAGUCGAGAAGAAYUGCUUAGAGAACUCGAGGAAGUACAAAGAAUGACUGCACGAGAGCGACUAGAGGAAGACAAGAGGAGAAGAGAAAGAGAUGAAGAAAUGAGGGCUCAGUUGACCGCACGAAAGGAAAGAGCUAUGGAGCUUCAAUUGCGAGAACAGGAAGAGCAAGAGCACUUAAGGCGUGAAGAUGAACUUUAUGAAAAAAUGCUGAGAGAAGAAGCGAGUAAGAUGACUGCUCGAGGACCUCAAGACAGGUUUGUACCAAGGAGAAGAACUGCGUUUGAGUAAACGUUUUAUCUAACAAGAAGUGAACGUUUUUAUUCUGCCUUAUGGGACAAGAYAGAACAAUUGUCGAUUGAGCAUGCGUGGGCAAACCAGAAAUACGGGAAACGAGGUCAUCUGGGACUGGUUGUGCGAAGGGUGGAUAAAGUUGUUCACUCCUUAGAUUUUAUAUGGAUUUUAUCGGCUAGUAAGGAAUUAUCCGGUGGAUAGCGCUAUUCCGCCUUUGUACAACCGUCCCCUGGAUACGAGAGUGACUGCAAACGAGAGGAUUUAGCAAAAAUAUUAUUUAUAAAACAGUAAUGUUAAUUUCAAAUGUGGUCAGUGUGGUAGGGAAACAAUUUUUGUAAAUAAUUUUGCAUUUAACGGGAAACAAAGAAUUCUACAUUACGUAUUUUAAGAA